UUUUUUUCUUCUUUUCAUCUUUUUUUUAAAAAAACAAAACUCUUUCUUUUUAACAUGUCUUCUGGUGUCAGUGUCAACCCUCAAUGUCUCGAACUCUAUCAAGAAUUCAAGCUUCGUAAGAAGUACAAGUACAUCAUCUUUAAGUUGUCUGAUGACCUUUCAGAAAUUGUUGUUGAAAACUCUGCUGAGACUGGUACUUAUGAUGACUUCCUCCAGAAACUUCCUGCAGAUGAACCUCGCUAUGCUGUUUAUGAUUUUGACUACGAAAAGCCUGGAGAAGGUCAACGUAGCAAGAUCACUUUUUACUCCUGGAUCCCCGAUACUGCCAAGGUUCGUCAAAAGAUGUUGUACGCUAGCAGUAAGGAUGCUAUUCGUAAACAAUUGAUUGGUUUGGCUAUUGAAAUUCAAGGCACUGAUUUCUCUGAGGUGGACCACGAAACCGUGCUUGAAAAGGCUUCCCGCUCUGCUUAAACAAGGAUUUUGGAUGAUGAUUGUCCUUAUACUUCUUUUUACAUAACUCACACAUAACGUAUACACACACACACGAUCAUUUAGGCUUUAGUUAUUAUUAAAAAAAAACAAACAAAAAUAAACAAAAUAAAGACCUUGAUAU